CCCACGCCCCGCCCCCCACGCGGUUUUUGCGCGGGUCGGGCCGCGGUGGCAGCGCUCCGCUGUCAACGUCCCGUUGCAGGAGGCGACCGAGUGCGGGGUCAGCGAUGAAGCGGUGCGGGAUCUCCGGGACUAUUCCGGCGGCACAGAAUUAGAGGGCGUUCGGGGCGUGCGGUAUCAGUACGUGGGCUGCUCUGUCCACACUGACAGGGACAACAUCACCGUGACGGCAGAAUUGUCUUUGAACAACUCGCACCAGUUCUUAAAAAGCAGAACUGUUCUGCUGGUCCAUGGAAAAAUCACCUUCAACAGAGAACUAUAUCUGGGGCUGAAAGAAGAGAAUCAUAACGCUGAGAUUACUCUUGUCUUCCUGAAAGACGAAGUGUUUGAUCCCUUGCCUGUUAUCAUAGGAAGCUGUGUUGGUGGACUUCUCUUGCUGGCGUUCAUUAUUCUGCUCCUCUGGAAGUGUGGCUUUUUCAAAAGAAACUAUAAAACUAUGAUGGAGCAAGAAGAUACCUCCUAAAGACUGAGCUGGCCAAAGCAGAAAGCUCUGUAUUCUUUCACCGUCUUUUUGGAAAAAAGAGAGAGUCUCUCUUUGCCAGUGUCAAAGUCUGGCUAAGAUGCGAAAUAAUUUCUAUUCCCUGGUAGAGUUAUGGCACUCCAGAUCUUGGGACUCUCCCAGGUUGCUGUUUGACCAUAAAGGCCCAGCUCUUUUGGGCAAUCCAGUUGCCUGCUUGUUUAAUUCAAACUGACUGUUUAUCAUAGAGGGACUGCCUGGUGUUGAUAAACUGGACUCCUCAUGAGAAAUUUUGCUUUAAUGUAGAUAUGCUAGGAAAAAUUAAUCUUGGAGCCUGUUAGAUUUAUGUAUUGGAUUGCAGUCUUAGUUGCUGGGAUGCUGAGUGGUUCUUAAAUUGAUUUUAGUACUGAGUAGCUUCAGAAUAGAUUGAAAUAGAAAUGGAUUAGGGGAAGCUUCCCAUCCUGCUAUUGCUAAUGAAAAUGGAGAGACAAGCAUUUUGCAUAUACAUGUAUAUACAUAUAUAUAUGUGUGUAUAUAUAUACACAAAUUUGUGCAUUUUAAUACAGUAAAGUAUGUCCCUUGAUGUCUCUGGUUCUUGGAAUCAGAAGCGUGUGUAUGUGGCGAUUAGUUUUUUGUACCUCACAAUCUUAUUUCUGAUUUUCCAUUUUCAGUUGCUUUCAAAUGCUGAUUUGGUCACAAAUAAAAACUUGUAUCAUGGACCUCAUUGCCAGUUCAGACAGACUCCUCCUAUGUCAGGAAAUAUUUCUCCAAGUUAGUGUGGUUCAUCACACGUGAAUCGAGGGCAGAGCCAAGCAGCGAGCUGCAGUGUUGACCACAGCAGUGUUGCCAUCCUCCCUGGUCCACGUGUGGUAGAAAGUAGUGUGAAUCAUGAGCAAUCUCACUUUAUCAGCUGCAGAUUAUCAGUAAUUGCAGUUUACAGGGUUUGGGGAAAGAAGUGUGUAGCUGAGCCCAGUGGCUGGCUUUAGCCAGUGCCAGGUGUUUUCUUUCCUGAGCCAUGAAAUGAUCUCAGGUCCCCUCAGGUGUUUGCUGUUUCCAAAGUAGAACAAGUACAGACACUCGGUACUCUUCCUCUCUUUGGCUUUCUCUGUCCCUAACUGUGUAGUUGUUUUAUUUCUGUUGUGUUUGGCUAACUGUAAACCCCACAAAUCUAAUGUGUGUUUACACACAGCAGUAGAUUAAACAAAGAUUUUUCAUUCAGACCCUUGGAAGGCAAAACAGUUCCUGUCUCCUUCGGCUUAACCAAUACUGCCUGAUGGAAAACUAAAGUUAACAAGCAAACUGUGGCCUUCAUUGAAGUUUCCUUGUAAAAUUCCAGUCUGGUACCCAGGUAGGGCUAUUAAUACAUCUCUUCAAGGCUAUUGCAGGGAUCAGCUUCCUGACGGGAUGGGCAUCCUGCAGGCUGUAGAAGCCUGGGUAUGUCCUAGCUCUAAAUUUGGCUGCCAAACAGGCAGCAGUUAAAGGUGCUAAGCACACUGGCCUGCCUGCUUAGGACAAAAGUAAGAGGUACCACAGCAAGAUACUGUUUGAGUAAUAAUAGGGUCCUCGUGUAACUUCCAACAGUACAAGAGAGAGGUGCAGAGAUCUCGCAGUGGCAUCCAGCUCAAUCAGCAGCUGCAGCCAUUCUUCUGGCUUGAAUUUCUUUCUCUCUCUCCCUCCACCCCCCAGCUGGUUGUAGAGUUCCUUGGAGCUGCAUACAGAGAGUGAGUCACUCCAAAUCUGCUUACAAGUGCCAGGGAUUGAGGAAAUGAGACUUCCUAGGCGAGAGCUCAGAAAGGAAAUGUGUGUCUGAACCAAAGAACCACCUGUGUCAGGUUUUUUGUCAUAACAGGUCUGUACUAUUUGGAAAGAAAUGUGCUUUGCCUGGUCUGAAUAGCUUUAUUGUCACCCCCCCUUUGUGUAAAUCCUCUUUUUUGUAGUGUUUUAAAUUGAAUCCUCUUUGAAAAUAAAUUCUUGCAAGAGAAGCUCGACUGUGUAUUGCACUUGCUGGCUGAAGGUGGUUUGAGCAUUUUGCUGUACACUUUCCCACGUAGCAUAGCAAGUCUCUGAGGCUACUCUUGAUCACUCAGUCUGGAUUUUGGCAGAGCCAUUACAAGCUGUUCUUUGCAUGUCCCUGUGUGGAAGGACCUUUAUGAGGAAUUAAGUACGUGGAAAGCAGAAUAUGCUGGGCUGAGAGAGAGAAUCCCUUUGAAGAGCUUCAGGAAAGAGGGUGGCUCCAGUCGACACAGUAGUGCACAGCAGUGUCUGAGGUGGUGGCUUUACAAGGAAGGCACUUUUUUGAAGGUUCCUUUUUUAUUCACUUAACUCAUUUAUUUUUAAGUUUCAGGGCAUGUUGUCUUUUCUUAAGGGAGGGAAAUGUGUUGUCUGCUUUUUCCGCUGCUCUAGACAGGUCUUGCACUGAGUGAUAGUGGUGCAGACAGCUGUCAGUGAAAGGACCGCAAUAUACCAGCAGCUGGGGUCUCGCUGCCCAUCCUCCCUCCCAGACCUCCUCCAUUUCACACGGAAGUCCUUCCUGUUCUGAAGCACCUGGAGAUCUCUACAGUCAGAUCAUACUUGGAUGAAUGAGCUGGAAUGGAGCUGCGCUGCUGCAAGCAGGUUGCUCCGAGACUCUGCCAGCUUGGCUAAACCAAGUCCAGCAUGUCUGUGCAGCACAGCUGGGACACAUCAGCCUCUUGCCAGUGGUAACACGUAACUGGCUUAGAGCAUCAGCAGCCUGCAGAGCUAAGGCAAGGUGGGUGUUUGUUGUCAAGAAAGGCUAUCAGGACACAGACACAUCCCUCCAGAGCUCUGUCAUCACCAAGCUGAAAGGAGUAGCUUUCACCAACACCUCGGAGCUGGGGGAGAGGCUGUGGGAUGUUGCAGACUACGUCAUCCCUCCACAGGGUGAAAACGUCUUCUUUGUCAUGACGAAUCUGAUUGUGACUCCAAACCAGAGGCAAGCCACAUGUCCUGAGAGUGUCAGCAUUCCCGAUGCCCUGUGUUACAAGGACGGGGACUGCCUGGCAGGGGAAGCAGUGGUGGCUGGCAAUGGGGUUAAGACUGGCCGUUGUUCGAAAGACAGGGACAGCAUCAGAGGGACUUGUGAGAUACUGGCCUGGUGCCCAGUGGAGAAAAGAUCCAAGCCCAAGAAACCACUUCUCGCCAGUGCAGAAAACUUCACUGUUUACAUCAAGAACUCGAUCCGGUUCCCCAAGUUUAAGUUCUCCAAGAUGAAUGUGCUGGCAACCGACGAUGAGUCCUACCUGAAGACCUGCCGCUACAGCACGGAGCAUCCCUACUGCCCCAUCUUCCUCCUGGGGAACAUCGUCCGAUGGGCUGGGAGCGACUUCCAGGAAAUGGCCUUGGAGGGUGGUGUGAUAGGAAUUCAGAUUGAAUGGAACUGUGAUCUUGAUAAAGCCCCUUCUGAAUGUAAUCCUCACUAUUCUUUUAGCCGGCUGGAUAACAAGUUUGCAGAAAAGUCCAUCUCUUCUGGGUACAACUUCAGGUUUGCCAAAUAUUACCGGGAUGCUGAGGGGGUCGACUACCGGACGCUCAUUAAAGCGUAUGGAAUCCGCUUUGAUGUGAUGGUGAAUGGCAAGGCAGGGAAAUUUAACAUCAUUCCCACCAUUAUCAAUAUCGGUUCGGGGCUUGCUCUCAUGGGAGCGGGAGCUUUCUUUUGUGACCUGGUGCUGCUGUAUCUGAUUAAAAAGAGUAACUUCUAUCGAGGCAAAAAGUAUGAGGAAGUAAAGUCCAGUUCCAGGAAAUCGUUAUCUAGCCCUACGCUGAAUGGGAAUCAGAGCCCUGACCAGCUCGGUGGGCUCUAGGCACGACGAUGGGUCUGCCAGCUGGACUCGUGUUCCAGGAAAACCACGCAGGUGUGAAAUCACACCCAGACUGGGAGGUGGAGACACCCCAGAUCAGGUCUACUGUCUAUUAUUGGGAUUUCCAGAGGGAAAAAAAAAGUCCUUUAAAGAACACCCUUCUUUCCCUGAGAUGUUCUCUGGUAUCCUGAGCUUGCAACAGUGUGUCGUCAUUAUGGAUUUAUAAAAGGAUUUUUAUAAAAGGAAAAAGAAGGCACCAAACAAAAGUUUUUGUAUCUGUUGAUAAAUAUAUCUGUACCUACGUCAGUAGCCAGUGUUAUCCUGUGGCUGUGCUUUGCUUCCAUGUGCGAAAGAGCAGUGAUGUGAAACACCACUGGCACUUUGAGGAGGGCUGAGGCCCUGAUUCAACCCGUCUCCUGCUCCACUGGCUUGCGGCCACCGCUUCCAACUCUCGCUUGUGUUACACCCAAGAUUAGAUGUAAAGCAGCAGGACCGCUCUUGUCGGGAAGUGCAAUGAAAUGCAGCAUUUCAGCAGCUCUCUGAGCCCGGGGGAAAGGGACUUGUUAUCCUACAACGCCCGUGCUGACUGGGCCUGUGUCACAGUGGGGGCAAUUACCCUUACUGCAGCGUGUGAGUAAGCAUUAGGGCCAGAAACGGUGCUCAACCAGGAAAAGCCUUCGCAACAGCUGCAACAAGGUGCUCUGCUCGUCUCAGGAACAGCAGGAGAAGGUCCUGCGCAGCUCUGAAUUGGGGAAUCAGUGCAGCCACGGCUGGGUCCCAGCUACCUCACCGCUACCCACCGUCUCCAUUUGUAGUUGGCCCAGAGAACCGACGUUUCAGAGCACGGACCAGGUAACAGCAGGCAGAGGAGUAUUUUGAGGCAAGGCAGGGAUAGAUGGUUUUGUGGUUCAUAGCGGAGGGGUGGGGAAAGGGGGUUAGCGCACUGGAAAGCAACAUGGCACUGGGAAUAUCUGCACAGGGAUGGUCUUAGGUUCCCCCUCCUUUGUUCAGUGGCUGGUGUCAUUUGCUCAGGAUUGUCCUUUCUGCAUCACUUACCGGUGGCUCGUGGUGGGGAGAGAUCUGACUUAACGCUUCUGCCGGUUUUCGUAGUACCCUGAACUGUACUGCAGAGACUGAAAAGGGGGGGCUCUAUCAGGUGAAACGGACUUUGCCGGGUUCUUCCAAAUACACCAACAGGAGGAAAAUGUAGCAGACAGAUGUCCACUACUUCAACACUCUGGUAACUUCCAAGAAAUACAAGUGCUUCUUUGUUUCUCAACAGAGAAAUAAGGCUCACUGCAGCCCAUUUUGUGAAUUUAUGAUCAUGUGGGGAUGUAACUAAUCUCAGAAGAGUGCUCAUGGAAUAUCACUGUUUAAAGUUUGCAUUUGCUUGAGCUGUCAGGAACCGACCCACCAGCCCCUGAAGACACUAGGUGAAUAAAUAUUCCUGCCUCAUUUAAAGCUUCCACAGCGUGGCUUGGUACAAACUGAUCGGUGUUCUGUAAAUGCCAACGGGUCAUCAUUGAUGAGGAGUCACCAUGCUAAAGACUACGUGUUUCUGUGCACUCUUUGAGUAUCGAGAUUUAAAGGGCUCCUGCUGCAGCGUCCUUAUGUACUGCUAGGACAGCUGUGGAGAGGGCGGUGGUACAGAGAGCUGCUGUGAUUGCGUGUUACACACAAAUGGAAAAGGCAAGCUGCACUCACCUCUGCUUUAACUUCUUUAAGGUGGUACAGGUUGGGUCUAAAUUAAAACUCACCUCUGUUAGCAGUGGCAAACUCCAAAUCCAGUCACCGAUAGCAAACCCCACCCAGUCUAGUCCACUCCCUCUGCUUCUGUUCAGAUGCAAGUAAUUAUCAAGUCAAACAUUUAGCUAGAAUGGAAUUACACAGUGGACUUAAAAUAAUUUAGGAUAAGCUGUGUACCUCUGAUGCUAUAAUCGCAUCCAAAGCUGCCUCUUCAUGCCAGAAGUCUCUCCUCCAGGCAACCAUGAGUUAACGUGUGUAUAACUGACAGGCUGCGCUAGUCAGGCCCAUUAGAACUACCAUGCCAAUACAACAGCACAGGGUUCUGACUGUCAGAGCUUAAUUCUGUUUGAAUAAUUUCUAGAUGGUGAAACACAUGGUGAACCCCACAUGUGGCAUCAGGCCAAGGCACAACUCACAGAGACCAAGUAGCUCAUUGUAAUACAUAAAGCUGACUGUGCUCUACUGAAACCAAUGUUUCAACUUGACAAAACAACAUCUUCUUGUUAGGUGACCAAAGCGAUUUCCUGAAUUUAAGUCUUCAGGGGCUUCAGGCCCCCAAAAGUCCCUAGAAUAUUUCCCAUUUUUAUACCCUCUGUUUAACACAAUUCCCACAACCAUUGCUGUUGAUAAAACAUAACCAGAUUCCUUCUCAGGAGCUUGUUUCUUUGAUUAUUUUUUUUUUUUUUCCUCCUUGUAUUUAACGUACAGCAAUAAAAUUUGUCACUUUAGGGCAA